ACAAGACGGAAGACUUUUGAGUCGGUAGGAGUUCCGCGCCGACUGGAAGCGCGCGAAACGGGAAUGGCGGAUGUUCUGGAGGGUCCACGGCCGAGGAUCAAUGCGGGGAUGAUGCCCGAAUUUACGGGCAGAGCUGUAUGUCUGGUGGGCCGUGUGUUAAAGAUUCAUCCCACUGGGACCUCAUUUAUUGUUUCAGAUGGAGAUGGGAAAAAUGUAACAGUGGAAAUGACUGAUCCACUUGAUGAAGAGUUGAGUGGAGUAAUCGAAGUGGUUGGAAGAGUCACACAGAAAGCCUCUAUUAAAGCUGCAUAUUACACUCCUUUCAGAGAAGAUAAGAACAGUUUUGAUCUUGGUCUCUACAAUGAAGCACUGUGCAUUUUGCAUGAAUUCUCACAGUAUUAUCCAUUUGGGGUUACAGGCAACAUGUGAUUUUUCAGUAUUUCACUAAGACAGAAGAGUUUGUUACUACUAUGAUUAAUUCAUUACUGGACUUCAAUUUCAGAAUUUAAAAACUUAAAUGAAAAGCUGUAAUGUAAAAGUUAUUUUAAUUAAAGUGCUGUAAAGUU